AUAAUAAUAAUAAUAAUAAUUCUGAUUGCCUGUUUUACUCCUUUUGAAUGUCAACCAUUUUGGUGUUUUAACCAAAAAAAAAAAACUCUUCACUUUUCCUUAGAAUUCCCUAAGUUGUUUCGUCCAAAUCUAAGCUUUUUGCCUGUAAACCAUACUUCUUCUUGUUAAAAUCGUGACUUUCUCUUAGGAACAGUUUCUUUUACUUUUUGGUGAUGGGGUGUUGGAGAUCCCUCUAUUUAGUAAUCAUCCUCCUGUUUUUUCCUGACAAUUGUAUAGCUAGUGUUCAGAAUAAAGGCAGACUGAAUCUGGGGUUUCAAGGGUCUCAAAUGACUUGGAUAGACAAUAAUGGGUUAAUUCUUGUUUCCAACAACUCCAAAUUCGCAUUUGGAUUUAACCCUACUAAAGAUGUUACCUUGUUCCUUCUUGUGGUCAUCCAUGUGAGUAGCUCUACCAUCGUUUGGUCAGCUAACAGAGGCUCCCCUGUUCGAAAUUUUGAUAACUUUGUCUUUGAUAAGACUGGAAAUGCUUACUUGCAAAGUGGGGGUAGGAAAUCAACAAUUUGGUCUUCUAAUACUGUUAACAAAGGAGUUUCUUUCAUGGAAUUAAGGGACUCAGGUAAUCUAAUUUUGGUUGGAAAUGAUGGUAACACCAUUAUUUGGGAAAGCUUCAGUCAUCCUGUUGAUACUCUCCUCUCAGCCCAGAAUUUCACUCAAGGAAUGAAGCUUGUAAGCAGUCCCAACAACAAUAACUUGAGCUAUUCACUUGAAUUUAAGUCUGGGGAUAUGCUUCUUUCUGCAAGUUUCCAGCCUCCACAGCCUUAUUGGGCUAUGGGGAAAGAUGAACGAAAGACCAUCAAUCAAGUUGGAGGAGAUGUCACUUCAGCAGUUCUUGAUGGAAAUUCUUGGAAAAUAUAUAAUCAGAAGAGGGUGCUGCUCUGGCAGUUUAUAUUCCCUGAUAAUAAAGAUGCCACAAAUGCCACACGAAUGGCUCUUCUUGGAGAAGAUGGUUACAUAACUUUUAGCAUUCUUCUAGACGAUUCCAUUGUUGCCUCUGGGACAAGAAUUCCACAAGAUGAAUGCAGCAGGCCAUCUUCUUGUGAUCCAUAUUUCAUUUGUUAUAGUGGUAACAAGUGCCAGUGCCCAUCAGCCCUUCCAUCCUGCAAACCUCAGAGUGCUUCCUUCUGCAAUAAACAUGUGCAGCUUGUAGAUGCUGGGGAUGGUCUUGGCUAUUUUGCACUUGGCUUUGUUUCUCCCUCUCCUAAAACUGAUUUAAAUGCUUGCAAAGCUUCUUGCCUUGGCAAUUGCUCAUGUGCUGCAAUGUUCUUUGAUAGCUCUUCAGGGAAUUGUUUUAUGUUUGACCAAAUAGGAAGUUUACAAGGUUCGAUUAAUGGAGCUGGUUUCAAGUCAUAUAUUAAAGUUUCAGCUAGCCAGGAGAAUGGGGAUAGUGGUGAAGGUGGAGGUGGGAAGGGAAGAUUACCUAUUAUCUUUGGUAUUGUCAUUUCUACAGCUCUUGUCAUUCUUGGCCUAAUAUAUUGUGGUAUCCGUUGUCAGAGGAUAAAGAACAACAAGUUGCCAGAUUCUGCAAGGGGGAGUUCAGAAGAAGACAAUUUCUUGGACGGCCUAUCAGGGAUGCCAAUUCGUUUUAGCUACAAAGAACUUCAGAAUGCAACUAAUAAUUUCUCAAUAAAACUUGGGCAAGGAGGGUUUGGUUCAGUUUACCAAGGGGUUCUUCCAGAUGGGACUAGACUUGCUGUGAAGAAAUUGGAAGGCAUUGGUCAGGGAAAGAAAGAAUUUCGAGCAGAAGUUAGUAUUAUAGGCAGCAUCCAUCAUCUUCAUCUGGUGAGACUGAGAGGCUUUUGUGCUGAAGGAACACACAGGCUUCUGGCUUAUGAAUACAUGGCAAAUGGCUCUUUAGAGAAGUGGCUUUUUAAGAAGAAGAAGGAAUUCAUGUUGGACUGGGAUACAAGAUAUAAUAUUGCAGUUGGUACAGCAAAAGGCCUAGCUUACCUCCACGAGGACUGUGAUGUAAAAAUUGUGCAUUGCGACAUCAAACCUGAAAAUGUGCUUCUUGAUGAUCAUUUCCUCGCCAAGGUCUCAGAUUUUGGCCUUGCUAAGCUGAUGAGCAGAGAGCAGAGCCAUGUUUUCACUACUAUGAGGGGUACAAGAGGGUAUCUCGCACCAGAAUGGAUCACAAAUUAUGCCAUAUCAGAGAAAAGUGAUGUUUUCAGUUAUGGGAUGGUUUUGCUUGAGAUAAUUGGAGGUAGGAAGAAUUAUGAUCCUUCAGAAAGUUCGGAGAAAUCCCAUUUUCCCUCAUAUGCCUUUAAGAUGAUGGAAGAGGGGAAAUUGAAAGACCUUAUCGAUAGGAACUUAAAAGUUGAAGAAGAAGACGAGAGGGUCUCCGCAGCAAUUAAAGUUGCUUUGUGGUGUAUACAGGAUGACACGUCUCUCAGGCCAUCCAUGGCUAAGGUUGUGCAAAUGCUGGAAGGACUCUGCCAUGUCCCUUCACCACCAGUUGCUUCUCAAAUGGGGUCACGACUUUUUUCAAGUUUCUUGAAAUCACUAAGUGGGGAGGGUACUUCAUCAGGCACCUCUGCACCAUCAGACUGCAACAGUGAUGCUUAUCUUUCAGCUGUUCGGCUAUCAGGUCCACGAUAGCAUUUGGAGGAAGCAUGGAAGUAGUCAUUCAAGGGCUGUUGUAGAUGAUUGACAGAUGAUGAAAUUUGUGUUUGGGGUUGUGCUUAAACCCGAUGAUGGCAACGAAGGUAGAUUUGGUAGAGAAUGAUUUGGAUCUUGAGAUGGAUUUCUUAACAGUGUAAUUAAAUACUGAUUGAAAAAUUUGCAGUGCAAGAAAGUUUUAAAUUAAAGUUUUGAUCCAAAGAAAGAGAGAUGAUGACGAAAUGAGUCUAUUUUUUGGUAUACUUUGAUGGUGAGUUUUUUGAAUGUAUGAUGAUUCUUUGUAAUUUUGUUAUGGUGGCAAUGUUUAUGGAUGAUUCCAAUCGUGAA